AACCCCUCGCCAUGAAGCCCUUCGUAUCUGCUGCCAUCCUGGCUGCCUGCGUGGCCUUGCUCGGCCACUCCGUGACUGCCUCCUUCCUGCCCAGCAAGCUGAACCCGGUGCAGGCUGUGGUCGCCGUGCCCAAGGGGGUCGGGAACCUGGCCAGUCCCGCCGCCAUGACCAAGGUGGUCGGGAAUCUGGCCAGUCCCCUCCUGCACAGGCUCAACUCCCUGCGCUUCCUGCUCAGCCUCGCGGGCAUCCCCGUGGAGCACUUGGUGGAAGGCACCCAGAAGUGUGUGGCCGAGCUGGGUCCCGAGGCCAUAGAGUCCGUGAUGGCUUUGAAGAAGCUGCUGGGGGUCCUGACAUUCAUAGGUUGAGCUGUGUUGACCAGGGGACCGAGAUGUCACUUCUCUGGAGGGGGAGCCACAACCCCCGCCCCCAUCUUCCCGUCUUUCAAUAAACAUG